AUGACUGAGGCGAAGCGACGCAAAAGAGCGCCUCUCUCGUGUCUCCAGUGCAAGCGGAGAAAAGUAAAAUGUGACAAGGACCGUCCGGCGUGUGGUGGCUGUGUCAAAAAUGGCGUUGGUCAUCUUUGUGAAUUUGUAGAUCCUCCUUGGCUGACGGGAACAGCCGAAGUUGUGGCCGAGAAAACAAGCGCCAAACACCAUGUGGAAGAAAAUAAUGGGGUGAUAGAACGCCAGAGGAUCGAAAUUGACAAGUUGCGACGAGAAGUCAAUGUGUUGAGACAGGUUUAUUCCAGCAAAUUGAAGUCGAUGGAGUCAGAUAGCGAGCAGAUAACGGUUCUCCAGAAGCUCAGGAACAUGAAUCGAGAGCCUGAUACCAUUGAAUUCGACACGGACUUUUCUUAUACCCUCAAAACCCAUACCAACAGCGAACCUCUCCACCUAUUCUGCUGGGAAAAUGUGAUUAAUUUAGACCCUAAAUUGACCGAUUUGUGGUUCAAGGUCAGCUCGAUCCAAAGGGCGUACCACCAGUACAAGCAAGGUCGCGAAGCUGUUUCGAGUGUUCGAGAAGAAAACCGAAAAGAAAGUCAAGAAGAAAACAGGAAAGAAGAACAAAAUCAAGAACGAAGUCAUAAUAGAACCGGAGAAGAUAGCAGAUCCGGAUCUACCAAAAAGCAAGAGUCUCCAAAGUCGGAACCAGAUCUUGAAUUGCCGGAAUAUUACUACGAAUCGAUUGAACUCUUGAAACGAACGCAACAUGUUUGGCAAAAGAUAUUGAGUCUUUCGCUUCCCGACGAAAAGCUUACCUGUGCCCAGCUCACGUUCAUUCUUGACUACUACUUUGACGGCUCGUAUUCGUCUGUGAGUCGAGAUCUCUUGUCGUUGUAUGAGACUCGAGUUCGUGGACUUUACGGCGAAGGGUCGUAUGGGAUUCAGCUCAAAAUCAACGACGUUCCGAGUGGAGAAGACGACGGUGCUAGGUACCAUUUUUUCAGGUUUCUGCUCGUAUACCUUUGCAUGAUGGGCAUAAUGGUGGAAGAAGUACUUGAGCAUUUUCGACUGCAAGUUCAACAAAAUCGAUCAGCCGAAAUCCAAGCUGUCAACAGCUACAAACAAGUGUUUUCCAAUCGAGUUCUCACCCACUCAAACGGUCACAGCAGGGUAGUUUUCUGCACUUUGAUUCUGAAAACUUUGGAAUAUAUCCACACUCCCGUUGCCGAGAGUUCUUAUGAUCCGCUUCACCAUGCAUUUCCAUUUUAUUCAUGCUGCUUGGCACUCUUGAACCGGAUGUUUUUCCAGUUUUGUCCACGCUUCAACCACCUACAAACUGAGUUUCAAUCGGUAUUCAACAUACUGGUUCUGGAGCUCAUUUGCGAAGGAGAAUUGCCGUUGUGGACCAACCCAAAACACAUACAUGCCCAGAAACCACACAUUCCAGAAACCGCCGUGAAUGCUUUCCGCUCAAACUUUGGACUUCUUUGGAGCGAAACCGUUCGCAUGUUCAAUCUUCAAGCAUUGCUGAUACUUUUCUCCAAACCGGGCCACAAGCAACAGUCGCAAUUGUUCAACAUGAUUUGGGAUAAGAUCCUGAACGAUCCCGACCGAAUAUCCACGCCCGAUGGUUUGGGGUUCUCGUUUGCAGCCAAUAUUCUCAUCUGUCGAAUAACUUCGUGUCUCUAUGGAACCACGUUUGACAACUCCAACAAGUAUUUUGUUACAACAGCCAACAUCUUUGGCUUGAUCAACGAGUGCACCGCUCUCUUGGAGGACGAAAGACUUCAUAAACUCGACUUUUGUCGUCGUUUUGAAUAUUGCACCAUCAUCCUGUUUCUUCGCUACUAUCUCAACUACAUCAAUAUCUUGCAAGGAGAAGAGUGUACCAACUACAAAGUAACUGAAUUUGCAGAAAUUGGCAUUGUUCAAAAUGCCGUCGAGUGUUUGCAACAUCUCGCCAAAUGCAUCAGAACUGGUAAUGGUAUUUUCGUUGUCUAUUUAACAUCGGAAAUUCUUCCCUACGUCAUCCAGUUCAACAUUGGCACCAUCAUACGGCUCGAAAACAAAGACCAAGACUCCGUCACAAGAAUUACAAAAGAAACUGCCAAAGUUAUUCAGACCUUAACAUCGUGCGAUCCAGCAGACUAUUGCAAAUACAAAAGAUACACCAAAAUAUGGGACUUUUUCCAGUCCUACGUUCGAACCACAAAAAUGUUGUCGCCUGAGGGCUACGCUACGUUACAUGCUCGGGUUCCUGGAAUGCAUCCAGUAUCUUGUCCGGUGUUGCUGGGCGAUCCGACACAGCCAAAACCAGAUCCCAAAGGACCCCAUGGAUCAUGUCCAAUUUCCGGGAUAUGCAACUUGGAAACCGAACUGAUAUCCAAAAAGUCAGAAACCACCAAAAUCUGUCCAAUUGACCAUAGUAAUUUUUCCAGAGGAGUUAAAAAUCUCGGCUCCUACUUGAAUCUGCCUAAGCCACUCACACCACCCAUUUUUCCUGCCCUCACCCCUGUUGGGUCAUACACACCAGCAGAAGAUAUCGACUGGUCCAACUUUGAACACUUUGAUCUAGACAUUCUUCCCCAGCUUUCGUUCAUGUGA